GGGAGAAGAAAGGAGUGGCAUGGGCCUUGCGUUGUCACUCAUCGUGUGUGUGGUUACGCUGUCAGCCCAUUGUGUUGAUCUCGAUUCAUCGACAGCCCUGUCCUUUGCGAUGCAUCAUCCGCUGGUCUCGAGGAUGGAGAGGACGCCGCACUCACGGCUGAAUGCAGCCAAGAAGGCUCGUGUGAGGAGAUCUGAGCCGAAGAAACCGCGGACUCGGAGAGGCGAUGGCAUUGACGAGCUGCCGUUUUCGUCUGAGUACCACACACCGGUGCUCUGCAAUGAGGUGAGGAAGAUCAAGUGCACUUCACGUUGAUGUGACUGACGGUCGUCACAUGACCGUGUGUCUGUCUGUUCGCGUGUAUCUUGCUGUCUGUUGUUCUGCAGACGGUUGAUCUCUUGGUGUGGGACUCAGAUGGUGUGUACGUCGACGGCACGAUGGGCGGUGGCGGGCACAGUGCGGCCAUCCUCUCUCGGCUCACGGCAGGCGGCCGCCUCAUUGGCAUAGACCAGGACCCAGCUGCGAUUGAGGUUAGCUAAGUGGCUGGCUGGGCCGAUGAUGUGACGCACGAGCCUGUGUGUGUACCAUCCUCCCCGCCUCCAUGCCAUGGCUGUCGUCUUCAGUUUUCGUCGCAAAGACUGUCGGAUGAUGUUGAGAGUGGCAGGUUUCUGCCCGUGCAGGGCAACUUCGGCGACCUGCCGGCCAUCCUUGACUCUGACAAUGUGCGACACUUCCUCAGAUCCCACAGCGAUGCCGGCCCACCACCGUUGAUCAGCGGGUAGGAUAAGAAGAGCACGGCGGCCGCUCACACGGACAUGUCAGUCAUGGUUGAUUGCCUCGCUCUCUCUCCCCCCUCUCUGUCUGUGUGUCUUUGGCGUGUGCAGAUUGUUGUUGGAUUUGGGAGUGUCGUCUCAUCAGCUGGACGACGGCGAUCGGGGGUUCAGCUGGGGCAGGGAGGGCCUGCUGGACAUGCGCAUGGACAGGAGGGGCGCAGGGGAGACCGAACCAAGCGACGAGAGCGGGCUGUCGGCAUGGCACGUAGGCAGCCACACCGGUGGAUGGAUGGAUGGAUGGAUGGACGAACGGGUCACCUCUGUCUUUUUAUGUGUGUGCUGCAGAUUGUGAAUGAGUGGUCUGAGGGGCUUAUCGAGGACGUCAUCCGGGACUUCGGCGAAGACCCGAGGGCAGCGAAGAUCGCGUCAAGGAUCGUCCAGGUCUGUCUGUCUGUCUGCUUAUCUGUCCCGCAUCCCUUUGAGUGCGUAUCUAUCUGUCGGUGGCUGGUGGGCGGAUGCAGCACCGCCAGCAGCACGGCCCUAUCGAGAGCACCAGCGACCUCACGAGCGUCGUGCUCAGGUGCUGCUCCCCAGUGCCAGCAGACCAGAAGAAAACCCUUUCGCGGGUCUUCCAGGUAGGCCACAUGCCUUCUCAUCUGCAGCGGCCUUCUUGGUGUGUGUGUGUGUGUGUAUUGUGUAGGGUCUGCGGAUAGCUGUCAAUAGAGAGCUGCGUGUGCUGGAGGACGUCCUCAUGGCGGCAGCGGCGCUGAUGAGGCCUCGUGGGCGGCUAGCGGUGGGAGAGAGAGAGAGAGAGAGAGACCAGCUUGACGGCUGCUCUGCCUGUGCGACCGUCCAGGUGCUGGCGUAUCAUUCGCUGGAGGAUCGGCGAGUGAAGCGUGUCAUGCGCACCGGCGCCCUCGACGUACUUUAUAAGAGAUCAAGCAAGCACCACACCGCUCUGUGCGUGCUGUUGCCUGGCUGUGUGCAUCAGGCUGACGACGAUGCUGCGGGAGUUGCUGAAUCGCCAUGGAAGCCACUGACGGUCGGUAGGCAGCACGACACAUACACACACGUCCAUCCCUCCAUCUAUAUGUGUGAGUGUGUGACUGACUGGUGCUGUCGGUCACAUCAGAAGGCCAUCAAGGCAAGUGAGCAGGAGAUAUCGCUCAACCCCAGGUGGGCGCGGCGCACAAUGGACGCAAUCGACGUACAGCACCACACCUGAACAAAAUGGUGGGUCUCUGCGCUUGCAGAGCUAGGAGCGUCCGCCUCCGUGUGGCCGAGAGACGGCACUAAUCCCGAGCGUUGUCGAUAGCGACACACGUGGAUGGUGACAUACGCACGCACAUGGGUGGCGUAGCGUCCAGAUGGCCGUGCCGACUUUGUG